GGCGCCUCACGCUUCUCUUUCUUCCGGUCUGGCUGGAAACAUGGCGUCCCGCAAGGAAGGCACCGGCUCCGCCGCCACCUCCUCUGGCCCCGCCAGCGGCGCUGUGGGCAAAGGCAAGGGCAAAGGCGGCCCCGGGGACUCGGCCGUGAAGCAGGUGCAGAUCGACGGGCUGGUAGUAUUAAAGAUAAUCAAACAUUAUCAAGAAGAAGGACAAGGAACUGAGGUGGUUCAAGGAGUGCUUUUGGGUCUGGUUGUAGAAGAUCGCCUAGAAAUUACCAAUUGCUUUCCGUUCCCCCAGCACACGGAGGAUGAUGCUGACUUUGAUGAAGUCCAGUAUCAGAUGGAAAUGAUGCGCAGCCUUCGCCAUGUGAACAUUGAUCACCUCCAUGUGGGCUGGUACCAGUCCACGUACUAUGGCUCAUUUGUCACCCGGGCGCUUCUGGAUUCCCAGUUCAGUUACCAGCAUGCCAUUGAGGAAUCUGUUGUUCUCAUUUAUGAUCCUAUAAAAACUGCCCAAGGGUCUCUCUCACUGAAGGCGUACAGACUGACCCCUAAACUGAUGGAAGUUUGUAAAGAGAAGGACUUUUCCCCUGAAGCAUUGAAAAAGGCAAGUAUCACCUUUGAGCACAUGUUUGAGGAAGUGCCGAUUGUAAUUAAAAAUUCACAUCUGAUCAAUGUCCUGAUGUGGGAGCUGGAGAAGAAGUCAGCUGUGGCAGAUAAACAUGAACUGCUCAGUCUUGCCAGCAGCAAUCACCUGGGGAAGAAUCUACAGUUACUGAUGGACCGAGUGGAUGAAAUGAGCCAGGACAUAAUCAAAUACAACACGUACAUGAGGAACACGAGUAAACAGCAGCAGCAGAAACAUCAGUAUCAGCAGCGUCGCCAGCAGGAGAAUAUGCAGCGCCAGAGUCGAGGGGAACCCCCGCUUCCUGAGGAGGACCUGUCCAAACUCUUCAAGCCUCACCAGGCCCCUGCCAGGAUGGAUUCCCUGCUCAUUGCAGGCCAGAUUAACACUUACUGCCAGAACAUCAAGGAGUUCACUGCCCAGAACUUAGGCAAACUCUUCAUGGCUCAGGCUCUUCAAGAAUACAACAACUAAAUUUCCAGGAAAAGUUGGAGUGGACUCUUGGGAGAGCACCAAGGCGACUCUUGGAAGAAAUGCAUUUCCAUACUGAAAAACAGAGACGAUUCUUUAAUGUCAUCACUGUAAUGUUUUUCUAGCCAAUAAUAAAAUAAAAC